UCAUCAUCGUCCACAGGAGCACACAGUAUCUGGCUUUCCCAGAAUCCUUGACCAUAAACGUACAUCGCAUAUUCUCAGAUCAGUCAAUCCCGAGAAGACGAAGAAGAAGAAGAAGAAUUUGUUCAACGCAAUGCGAACGCCAUGUUGCCACUCCUUGCUGGCAUUCGUAUUGAAAUUCCUGAAUUUUCUACAGGCUUUCGUCGGCAUCUCCAUCAUCGUAUAUUCAGGUUACAUGCUCGAGCAAUGGCAGCACCACCUCGCAGCUCCUUCUCCUUCAUUUUCCCCGUCCGCGCAAUUUCCGGAAGCUCAAUUCGCGAAUUUCGAGUCGGUUAGGGUUUCUGAUGGCAUCGAUUCCAUCAAUUCUGCAAUUUCUGGUGUCGGAGAUGCGAUCAACAUCAACUACCAUUCGCUCCCAGCUCCUUGGUUCAUAUAUGCAUUUAUGGGAUUAGGUGCGUUGUUGUGCUGUAUCUCAUUCAUCGGCCAUAUUGGCGCUGAAGCAAUCAAUGGCUGUUGUCUUUGCUGUUAUUCUCUACUUAUGACAGUGUUUGUUCUGUUAGAAGCAAGUUUAGUGGCCUUCAUUGCACUUGAUCACCACUGGGAAGCGGAUCUGCCACCUGAUCCAACUGGAGAACUUGAUAGCUUACGCAACUUCAUUGAAGCGAACAUGGGUGUCUGUAAGUGGAUUGGCAUUGUGGUCAUCAUAAUUCAGGCUUCAACAUUGCUUCUUGCAAUAAUCCUCAGAUCACUGGUCAACCAGCAAGUUGACAAUGAUAUUGAAGGAGAUAAUGGUGCUAGAGAAAGAACCUGGGAGCCAUUGCUUGAUCCUUGUGUAAGCCAAACACCUGGGCUGGCAAAUGGCAAUGACAGUGCAUGGCAUUCUGAAGUAUGGAGUUCACGGAUGAGGGUUAAGUAUGGAUUGAACCGCGAGCAGAGUACAUCCAACCAAUACACAGGAGUUGCCUAGACCACACAGUAAGGAUCAGAGUAGGUGACAAGUGACGGUAUUCUACUGCGUGUAAUUCUUUAUUUAUUCUUUCUGUUGUUGUGUAAGCCAGUAUAUAGACUGUAAAUAUGUCAGCAGAAAGGUUAUUGAUAAUUUCGGGUCCAAGACAGGUAUGAUAAUCGUUAGAAGUAAAGUAAAGCUGAUGUAAGAAGGAAUAGGUGAAUCCUGAAUAGCAAAGGUUUGUGUUCUGUAAGUAGUCGAGUGUGCAUUAUAUUGUUGGUAUUUCAGUGUUUGGCAUUGUGGAAUUGGAGUUUUAAGUAAUAUUGGUAUUUUUGUAGUUCUACCA